ACAACUUUUGUACAUGAAACAGAAGUAACAUUUCUUAAGAUAAAUUGCAUUUAUAAUGUUUUAGUGGCUGUAAUGACUUGGCCAGCGUUACUGGCUGUUGGGACAAAUAUGGAGUGAUAGAUAAUCUUUGAUCACUAUAAGUGUCUGUAGGCAGAUAUAACAAAAAAGAAUGAAAGUACACAAUUUAACCUAGUUUUCGGCCAGGAAAAUGAAAACAAAAAUGCUCACAGUUACUCUUUUUCUUCAUGUACAGGGUGAAUAAAUCAGGCCUUACGUAAUAUAGCCAGAACUAGAAAAUGUAUCGAGGUGCAGUUUUCACUUGAUUAUAGCUGACAAUUUGGCAGAUGUUAUGACCUGCGCAAGUAAUUUUUAAUACUUACAGCUGUCAGAUUGUGACACCAAACUACUAGUUCUCUCUCUCUCUCUCUCUCUCUCUCUCUCUCUCUCUCUCUCUCUCUCUCUCUGUCUACCUUCCUGUGGCUUAGAGCCUUUGAAGAGGACUUCAACAGAAUAUAUGAAAGUCACUCAAGUAGCAACAGGAUGGAGCACUGUAAAUCAUUGUUGCAUCAUCAUGAGACGAGAUCUUACAAAAAUCUGCUUUACCCUACCAAAAGUAAACAGAAACAUAACUCAGGUGCAGUUUGUGUGAUUAACUGUAAGUUUGAAGUCCAUCAGUUUGUGCUCUGCUGUUUCCACAAUCAGAUAACUAGCUUAUGAAGUUAUCCACACAUCCAUAAUGGAUAUGACAGUCGAGAAAGUAGAAAUGGUUUUCGUUGCUGGUGAAUGUAUCCAACUGUUAGGAGAGCAGUGACGUGGUAAUGUGCUGAAACGUACCUUAAUCAUGCUAGACCCUCAUGUUCUAUCUCUGUAAACAUUAAGAAAAUUCAAGAAGCUAGAAAUGUGAAAAAUAAAAUGUACCAAUGAAAAAGAGCAGCAACUUAUGUGAGAAACUUAACUAAAAUUUUAACAUCAUUGUAACACCCGAGGGGCGGGAAUUAUAUUGAGUAGCAGUUGAGGACAGGUCGAGGUAGAUGCUGUUGGACCACCACCCCAGGACAUGGUUGAGUAGUGGCUUGGUUGCCUAUGGCAGCAGGACAGUAGCAGUGUACAGCCCACCAGAAAUGCAUCAGCACACCCCUCUGAUGGCAGAAGAGCAGCCACACAUCUGGGCCCGUAACAUAGGCCACCAAGAGUUCCGCUGAUUAAAGGCACCUAAGUACUUUCCAUUGGACUCAGCUUGGAGGAACUCCUUGUUCCAUAGAAUCUUGUAAGCAGCUGAUGCGCAGAUUGUAGACCAGUAGAGGUCCCUGCUCCAAGCUGGUUGGCUGCAGACUAAGUUAAGCUGCAGACUAAGUGAUUGAUGUGACAGUUUGGGAAAUACGAGGCGUAAUGGGUCCAUCAGAAGAUAGUGUUCACAGGAUACAUGAAGAUAAUGAAGUUGAAAACGACACACUAUCAACAGAUUGUUCUGUGAACUGCGUUCUCACACUUGACCCCAAAUAUUCAGAUAUUAUUUCCGAUAAUUUUUUUGAAUCCUCAUCUCUUGAGAAUGCCAAAGAAGUCAGCAUUAUUGAUACAGAACUUGAAGAGCUGCCUGCAUGUUUUACAGUACAUCUUGUGAAUGUGACUGCUCUCAAAUUGAAGAGGAAUAAAUUCAAGAAAUUUCCUCAGAACCUUGGCAAAUUAGUCAGAGUUGAAAACUUGGAUGUAUCACAUAAUUGCAUAGAAAAGCUACCUCAUGAUCUGGACGUUGUCCCAUCUCUCAAGUGCCUUAAUGUAGCUUCAAACAGUAUUAAAUUUAUUCCUUCUAGCGUAUGCCGACUGCAAUAUCUUCAAAGUUUAAAUAUAUCUAUGAAUGGCUUGAAAUCUCUUCCAGAUAAUAUAGGGCUGCUAAAGAGUCUUAUAUAUCUAAAUGUGUCAGGGAACUGCUUGGAGACUUUACCAGAAUCUCUGUGUAAACUGGUGAAGUUGGAUGACUUAAAUGUAUCAAGAAACAGAUUAAAAACCAUUCCAGAUAGCCUUUCGCAAAUUACGAGUUUGAGAUCAUUGAAUGUUUCAGGCAAUAACAUAACACAGUUACCCACGUGUAUCACCACUGGACUACCACAACUUUCGUAUUUAGAUGUAUCUCACAAUGAACUGAUGUUAUUGGACCGCCCACCCCGCUGUGCACAUUCACUCAUUUCUUUCAAUUGUAGCCACAAUAAUUUGCAAGAAACUCCUCGCUGGAUAUUUGAAGACAGUUGCAGAAAGUUACAAAGUGUUGAUCUAAGUUUUAAUUAUGAAAUGAGAGGCAUGGCAAGCCAGCCAGUCAGUGCUCUCAAUGGAAGUUGUCCUAUAGCAUGUCUCAACUUGUCAAACUGCUGCCUAAAGCUCAACACAGUUUCCAUGCUGUUUAGUUUGGGCAGUUUGGAUGCAUUGCACAUGGGCAAUCAGAGAGAUGCAUCUAAAAGGCACGUUCUAUACAAUAUGUUCCUGGUGCUCCCUAUCAAUGUAUUGAGCACGUGUUCUUCACUGCGGGAGCUUCAUCUUCCUGAUGUUGGGUUGACAGACCUACCCAACACUAUUGAACAGUUAGCAACCCAUCUUGAGGUGCUGGAUGUAUCAUACAAUGAGUUACAUUGGCUACCAGAGGCGUUUUGCCAACUGAAGCAUUUGACACGUUGCCGGCUGUCACAUAAUCGUUUAGCGUUGCUUCCAUCUCAAAUAGGUCAACUGACUCAGCUGAUUCAUCUAGAAAUCAACUCAAAUAUGUUGGAAUCGUUGCCUGACAGCAUGGAACAACUGGCUAGUUUAAUGCUCCUGGAUCUGUAUGAUAAUCAGCUCGAGUGCUUUCCAAAUUUAUUGAUGAAAUUGCCAGCCUUAGAAGCCCUUGAUGUAGAUAACAACUGUUUCAGUGCUCAGAGCAGUUUUGAGAAGGUGACUGGUGAAGCAAGUGCUAAAUAUGAACAAAUGAAAACAAGGUUAAGGAAUAAAAUUCAUUCCGUAGAGCGGAUAGAUGUUUGUAAACCUCCUCCAGAUUUGUUUGACCAUUGUGAAGAUGAGUCAUCCUGCAGUGAAUUAAAUACGAGUAUUGAGCUAGAUGAUGCUUGUGAAUCAACUGACAAAAACAGCUUUUCAGCAAAAGAUACACCAACUAAUGGCCCUAGUUUUCCAUGUGCAGAUUUAAACAGUGACUGUUUAAAAUAUGAGGAGGAAGAGGAGUGGGAUUCAAUUGAUGAUCCUGAUGGUUAUUUUGAUCCACAUGCGAUCACUCCAAGUGUACCACCACCCCCGCAGCCUGUGCUUCACAUGAAAGAAGUAUUUAGCAACCAGCUUGAUAAUUUCUGUCCGAAAGACCUUCAUCCUCCUACAAUAGGAAAACGAAGACCUUUGCAUGGUGUAACUGCAGAAACAGGACAGUUUGAUGAUGCUGACUGAUAUUUGGGAAGUUCAGCUUUUCGUAAAUGUGCAGAACGUCUGGUUGUUUCAACCCCGAUUUGAAAGCAUCAUCUUAAAUUUACAAAAUGUCUGAUGUUUUUACUUCUGUCCACCCAUUUUAAAGUUGCAGUAAUUUAUUGUGCACUUCAGUUAUGGAUUACUUUGUGAAGAGUAUGACAUUAUGUUCAGUAUGUUUAUUUAGAACCCAUUAACUUCGUGGAUUAUAUCAAGAAAAAUGUGGUACAGCUGUGCUGUAACUGCAGAGAAAAUGGUGUGCAUGCUGUUUGUAACAGAUACUGCAUGUUAAUUUUAACAUAUCACAUUUUCUAGUCACUGUCUGUGUUUACUACGUACAUCAUUAUUUAAAUGUUGAGUUUGUUAUUGUACAAAAUAUUUGUUUUUCAUGAAGUGUUCUUACACAUCUCUGAUGAAUUGCUCAUUAUAGUCAUUUAGCAUGUGUGUUUCUGCAUAUGGUCUGUUACUUUUUAAUUUGAAUCAUUGUCUGAAAACAUAUAAUUUUCCUUGAGUUUCUCUGAUAAUGUGUAAUUAUAUUAAUGUAUGUUAUGUGAGUUGCUUGAUUUAAUUUGUAACAUGUACCUGGCUUUGAGGAAACAAAAUAAUUCCUUUUUGAAAGCUAAUUUAAUUUUACUUAGAUCCACUCACAAUUGUGUGGUUGCGUUUUAUUUACUCAUCCGCAUUGUAGCCAUUAUUUGUUGCUGUAUGUUUUAGUAUGUACAACUCUGGUAAUUUUGUUCUGUUUUAUAUAGAUACAACAGUCAUGCUUUUUCAGCUGUUAGUAUUUUAUUUAGAAUUACAAUUUCAGUAUUAAACCAUUUCAAACAUCUACAAAACAUGAUACAACUUAGUGACAACAAUGUAAAGUGGGAUUAACAGUAUGUACAGCCAGUUUUGUUGUUUAACAUUCAUUUACUUCUAAGAUUUUGACGUAUAGGUUUACAUUAAGCAGAGAUGCCAAAGAUGUUGAAGAACAACUAGUCAGCAAUAUUAGUCAAUAUUCCGUUUUACAUUCUGCAGUUUUAAGUGGAUUGUGUGUAUCACAUAACUAAAAGUGUGCACUUAAUACAUUAUAAUAAAUGUUGCGGGCAAUCAUAUGUAUGUUUUACUAUAUACAUCUCUUUAUUAAUUUUGUUCUGUUAUAAUAUUGCUAACUAGUUGCUCUUUGAUGUCUGUUGGUUCAUUCAGUAUGUGGUGUGGUUGUUCUUUGAAGGUACUAUAAACUGCAGUUUCUUGUAGUAUUUCCAUUAAUCAACCUUUUUUGCGUUAUGUAAUUACACCAUUAAAGAUUCCCAGUGCUGCUGGUUUUAUGACUGCAGUUUCAUUGAAGUGCAUUAAAUGAAGAUUUAUAAUUCUGGCUUAUGUUUAUGUGAGCUCUGAAUCUGGUGAACAAACAUUUAUCCAUUUGUCGCACUUAGAAAUUUUCACAUUAACCCUAUUUGAUUUUAUAAAUCUUUAUAGUGUAAAUGGUUUGGUUUUGUGGCUAGUGUGUCUGACUAUCAUGUGAAACCUGUUUCAUACAGUAUUUUUACAAAAAUUUGGAACAGUAAUAUGGUAAAGCAAUAUAUUUCAUUUUUCCUGGUUCCACGUCUCGUUAUUGUGUUAUUUCCUUAUCUAUAUUGGCACUUUUGCUAUAUAAUUUUAUAGUAUACUUUUUGUCAAUCAUAUUCACAUAGUAGCCAUUACUUUUUGCUGUAUGUUUUAGUAUAUACAACUCUUUGGUAAUUUUGUUCUGUUAUAAUAUUGCUAACUAGUUGCUCUUUGAUGUUCAUGUUAUGUUGUAAUUUCUGCCUAAUGUAAACCUAUACAUAAAAAUCUUGUAAGUAUAUGAAAGUCAACAAAACAUGAAAGAUAUAUCCGACUAAGACAACACACUAAGCCAGCUGUGGCAGAACACCAGGAUGAGUGCAGCAAACAGAUACGAUUUCAAGAAGCUCGCGUACUGGUGAAACAGACACUUAAAAAAAAAGUUGCAACUGCAGUCCCAGAAGAAUUUUGUUGGCUACUUUACAUUGUUGCCACUAGAGACCGGAUUACAUGCAUUUGCAUGUUGCAUAUGCGUUCGCAUUGUUGGCUCCUUUUCACCAGUUAUUACAUAUUUUAACUAAAAACUAGUGACAAUGCAUAUUUUUGCUCUAUGUUUACAAUAUUUUAAAAGUUUACAUAGGCGGUCUCUAGCUUGAUCUAGCUUUGAUGUCUCACAGAUUGAUCAUGACCUAGAAGUGCUUGCAAUCACUAACCAAGAGCCACUGCCUAGCGAAAUCACUACAGAAGAGGAACAGGAACAGGCAGACAGCGUCAGUGCUCCUGCGCCCGUGCCCCCAGUUAAUCCCCUCCCCGUCAUACUCUAAGCAUCGGCAACAAUUAAAUUAAACUAUGCAAGCUUUUAGUCGCACGUCCGUUGCUUCAGUUUAGCUUUCUGUUUAGCUUU